AUGUUAGGUAAUUGGUCGUUUGGUGAUUAUUUCAAGGAAGAAGCUAUUUUCUUUGCAUACGAUUUCUUAGUAAAUGUUUUAAAACUUAACAAAGAUCAGAUUUAUGUUACUUAUUUUUCGGAUAACAAAGUUGACCUACCAGAAGACAAAGAAACAUUUUGUAUUUGGCAAAAAUAUUUGCCAACUACAAAAAUAAUCAAAGGAAGUUUUAGAGAUAAUUUUUGGGAGAUGGCAGAAACAGGGCCAUGCGGUCCAUGCACUGAGAUUCAUUACGACAAGAUUGGUAAUAGAGAUGCCAGUCAGUUGGUAAAUAAAGAUGAUCCAAAUGUUUUAGAGAUCUGGAAUGUUGUUUUUAUGGAAUAUAACAGAACCAAAAAUUCAUUUUUAAAAUUGAACAAACAGUGCGUGGACACAGGAAUUGAUCAUUCUAGGACGAUAGCAGUAUGUUUACACGAUAAAGUAAAUUAUUCUAACGAAGGAAGAGGUUAUGUUUUAAGACGUAUUACAAGAAGAGCGUUAAGGUUUGCUACAGAGGUUUUGAAUUUAAAAGAGAAUUUUUUGUGUGAGCUUGUUAGCUUGGCAGGAAAUUUGUUAGAUUUAAAGAUUCAUGUUACAAAAGUAAAAGAGGAAGAAAUUUUGUUUAGCAAAACUUUAAAAAGAGAUCUAGCAAGAAUCUUAGCACAAGAGAAUGGGUUAAUAAUUAAUGAGGAAGAGUUUGGGAAAGAAAAAGAAUUGGCUAAAGAGAGAAGUAAAUCAACUAAAGAAAUUAUUUUGCCGCAAGAAUUUUUGAUGGAUGUCAGUUUUAAAUAUACUACAAAUAAAAUCAAAGCUAAAUUACUUUAUUAUUCAGAAGGUAUGUGUGUUUUUGAUAAAACUUGUUUUUAUGCUGAAUUAGGAGGACAGGUAGGAGACACUGGUACAAUUAUAUUUUUAGAAGAUUCUUCUUUGUUAAAUGAAUAUGACACAAAUAAAAAUGAAAAGGAAAUAGGUGUAUUUGAAGUAACUAACACAAAAUUAAUUAACAAAACAGUGGUUCAUUUUGGUAACCUUACAGGCAACAUAUCUAAUAAAGGAAUAUUACCUUACAACACAGAAAGAAGAGAAAAAAUAAAAAAGAAUCACACAGCCACUCAUUUACUAAAUUACUUCUUAAGAACGAAUAUUUGUAAUGCAAUUAAACAGAAAGGAAGUUUAGUAAGUGAUGACAAACUAAGAUUUGAUUUUGAAUUUAAAUAG